CGCUUUCGCCGUUCAGGAAUCCCUUAAAACCCUUUCCUGUCUUUCACUUUCUUUUCUUCAGGACACCUCUCUGUCUCUCUCCUCUCUUUUUCUCUUUUCCUCUCUGUAUCUUAUCUGUCUUCACUACAUCUCCUCCUCUCUUUGCUGCUGGAUCUGUUAAAUCUACUGGCGAUUUAGGGAUUUAGGGUUUUCUUUUCUCUCUUUCCUAUACUUUGGAAUCUGAUCGAUCCAUAUUUCAUGGUCUUGAAGAAAUUGGAUUCAAUUCGGGGAUUUUUCAACUAGAUCGGUAAGGAGGAAAACUAGGGUUUCUCUUCUUGUACACAAGAUCUUGAUUUCGAACUUCCGGUUUCAUUUCAUUAUUUUUUGGGUGAGGUAGUUUGAGGCAAGCUUGGGAUUUCUUAGGUUCUUUUCUCAGAUCUAUCAGUGAGGUUUCUCAAGGGAAGGUAGAGUCUUUUGAGGUUCCACACAAGAAGAACUGCGGGGCUUCGUAGAAAGAAUCACGGAUGGCCUCGGUAGGGUCUUCUUACUGGUGCUACAGAUGUAGUCGUUUCGUCAGGGUUUGGGCUCGAGAUACCAUUGUAUGCCCCGAUUGUGAUGGAGGAUUUGUUGAAGAGGUUGAGAACCCUUCCCGGGAUACACAUGCUGAGUCUCGGCGUCGACGGUUCCCUGCCGCUGCUAUGUACAUGCUUGGGAAUCGACCUGCUUCUGAUCAAAACACGUAUCUAGGAUUCCGCCGCAGCCGGAGGAAUGGUGGUGAUCGCUCACCUUUUAAUCCUGUUAUUGUCCUUAGAGGGCCUGCCGAUGGCGGUGGCGCCGAAGUUGGUGGUGGUGGCGAAGGGGGACCCUUUGAGCUGUUCUACGAUGAUGGUGCUGGUUCAGGCCUUCGUCCGCUGCCUGCUAGCAUGUCGGAUUUCUUGAUGGGAUCAGGCUUUGAUCGCCUGCUGGAUCAGCUGUCCCAGAUCGAGGUCAACGGAGUUGGGCGCUACGAGCAACCUCCGGCUUCCAAGGCUGCCGUGGAGUCUAUGCCCACAAUCGAGAUUGUUGCCAGCCAUGUUGUCAUCGAAUCUCACUGUGCCGUCUGUAAGGAACAGUUUGAGCUGGGUUCCGAGGCCCGUGAGAUGCCUUGUAAGCAUAUCUACCAUUCCGAUUGCAUCCUCCCUUGGCUUUCUCUUCGGAAUUCUUGCCCCGUCUGCCGCCACGAGUUGCCUACAGAUGUCCGUGGCAGAAACUCAAUCGAGACUGAUGGUAGCCAGGGCGGCCAAUCUCCGGCCGUAGCUGACGAAGAAACGGUGGGGUUGACCAUAUGGAGGCUACCUGGUGGUGGGUUUGCAGUUGGGAGGUUUUCUGGGGGUAGACGAGCUGCUGAACGUGAGCUUCCCGUUGUUUUUACAGAGAUGGAUGGUGGGUUCAAUUCUGGUGGGGCUCCAAGGAGAAUUUCAUGGACCUCCAGGGGAAGCAGAACAAGGGAGAGUGGGGGAAUUAGAAGGGUUUUCCGCAAUUUCUUUUCUUUCUUUGGGAGGCUUAGAUCUUCUUCUUCUUCUUCGCAUUCGCAUUCGAUUUCCGAAUCUGCGACUACUGGCAGAAUUCGACCGGUUUUCAAUAGAACAUCUCGAACGCGCAGCAGCAUCAGUGCUUGGUCUGUGGAAGAUAACAAUGGGAUUCCAAGAUGGUGAAUUGCGUUUGGGCGGGAAAGUUUUGGAGGCCAAUCAAGAAAAGGGUCUCUUUUUUUCUCUUUAGUUAUCUGGGUUCUCUGACCGAUCAUUUGAUCGGGGAUGGUAGUUCUUGUCCUGUUGGGGAAAAGUGAGAACAGUAUGAGGCACAGAUUUUUAAUCACUGUAAAUAGCAAAAAAAAAAGAGAAAGAAGAGAAGAAAUUCCAAAAAAAUGAGAAUUUGUUCAUUGAAGCAA